GAGUGUGCAAAGUUUCAUAUCGCUGGAGCCGCGCGGGCGCUGGGGCAUCUCCAUUCCAAGCGGAGUCUCUUCCGAGAUCUGAAGCCCGAAAACGUUCUACUCACCACAGAGGGCAACGUCAAAAUUGGGGACUUCGGCUUUGCAAAACAGCUGGUCUCCAGUGCCGUGGCAUGUUCAACCGACUUCCUAGUCCUAAGCACCGGCAGGGACCUCACUUGA